AUGACAGAAGAUAAGGUCACCGGGACUUUGGUUUUUACUGUUAUCACUGCUGUGUUGGGCUCCUUCCAGUUUGGAUAUGACAUUGGCGUGAUCAAUGCACCUCAACAGAUUAUAGUUGCCCAUUAUAGACACGUGCUGGACAUUCCACUGGAUGACCGAAAGGCUAUCAACAACUAUACUAUCAACAGUACUGAUGAAAUGCCUACAAUUCCAUACCCAAUGAACCCAACACCAACCUCUUGGGACAAGAAAGAUAGCGUGGCAUCUGAUGGCCUUAUCACCAUGCUCUGGUCCCUAUCUGUGUCCAGUUUUGCAGUUGGUGGAAUGAUAGCAUCCUUCUUUGGUGGGUGGCUUGGAGACACACUUGGAAGAAUCAAAGCUAUGUUGGUAGCAAACAGUCUGUCAUUGAUUGGAGCCCUGUUGAUGGGGUGUUCAAAGCUGGGACCAUCUCAUAUUUUUGUAAUUUCAGGAAGAGCCAUAUCAGGAUUCUACUGUGGGCUAAUUUCAGGUCUGGUUCCAAUGUACGUUGGUGAGAUUGCUCCAACCACGCUCAGGGGCGCUUUGGGUGCUCUUCACCAGCUGGCCAUCGUCCUGGGUAUUCUUGUUAGUCAGAUUCUUGGCCUGGACUUUAUCUUGGGCAAUGCUGACCUGUGGCACAUAAUGCUUGGUCUGUCUGCUGGUAGAGCCAUCCUCCAGUCUCUGCUGCUCUUCUUCUGUCCAGAAAGUCCCAGAUACCUUUACAUUAAGUUGGAAAAGGAAGUCAGAGCAAAGAAAAGCUUGAAAAAACUCAGAGGAUGUGAUGAUGUCACCAAAGACAUGAUUGAGAUAAGAAAAGAAAAGGAAGAAGCAUCAAACGAGCAGAAAGUCUCCAUAAUUCAGCUCUUCACCAGUUCUAGCUAUCGACAACCCAUUCUAGUAGCACUGAUGCUACACAUGGCCCAGCAAUUUUCUGGAAUCAACGGGAUCUUUUACUACUCAACCAGCAUUUUUCAGUCAGCUGGAAUCAGACAACCUGUUUACGCAACCAUUGGAGUUGGUGUUGUCAACACGGUUUUCACUGCUCUCUCUGUAUUCCUUGUGGAGAAGGCAGGGAGACGCUCUCUAUUUCUAAUUGGAAUGACUGGGAUGUUUUUCUGUGCCAUCUUCAUGUCGGUGGGACUCGUGUUACUGAAUAAGUUGACUUGGAUGAGUUACAUAAGCAUGACAGCCAUCUUCCUCUUUGUCAGUUUCUUUGAAAUUGGUCCAGGCCCAAUCCCCUGGUUCAUGGUGGCUGAGUUUUUCGGUCAAGGACCACGUCCUGCUGCUUUAGCAUUAGCCUCAUUCGGCAACUGGGCCUGCAAUUUCAUCAUAGGUCUGUGUUUCCCCUACAUUGAGGGCUUCUUUGGACCUUAUGUGUUUUUCCUCUUCGCUGGAGUGGUGCUAGUCUUUACCUUACUUAUAUUCUUUAAAGUUCCAGAAACCAAAGGAAAGUCCUUUGAAGAAAUUGCAGCAGAAUUCCGAAAGAAGAAGAGUGGCUCAUCCCAAGGGCCAAAAGCUGCUGUAGAAAUGGAAUUUCUUGGACCUCCAGACAGUGCAUGA